UUCGAACGCCUUGAUCAGAACAACUCGGUCCUGCUCAUUGUUGACCAUCAAAUCGGAUUGUAUGGUGUAGCUCGCGAUUUUGAGCUAGAGCCAUUUUUCAAGAAGACCAUCGCCCAUGCAGCUCUUGGGAAGUUGUUUAAUCUACCUGUCAUUAUUACAACCUCGGUGCAAACUGGCCCGAACGGCCCAAUCCCUAACGAGAUCCUCGACCUGUAUCCUGACGUUCCUGUGAUUCAGCGCCAAGGGGAGAUCAAUGCCUGGGAUAGCCCUGAUGUGAGAAAGGCUAUCCAAGACACCGGCCGAACGCAGUUCAUCAUUGGAGGCAUUGCAACUGAUGUCUGUACUACAUUUCUGGCUCUCUCACUAAGGGAGCAAGGCUACAGCGUCUGGGCCAAUGUCGAAGCGUCCGGGACCACGACUCCGCUCAUCAGGGACGUGAGUAACUCCCGCCUGCAGGCUGCAGGCGUGCACCUAGUGGGAACCAGUAGCAUUCUGGCGGACCUUUUCCGAGACUGGCGCAACCCAUCUCCUGGAGCAGCGAAUGUGUCAGCGUGGAUCAACGAAUAUCUCCCAGAGGCUUCGUUCGCUUCACGUGCCUACAACGCUGCCCGAAACACUACCGCGGAGUAG